CACCCUGAGGCGGCUUGUUGUGGAAGCGCGACGGUUGUCGCCAUCGCCUCCCGCCGCCAUCAUGUACCGCCAGAACUUCCGUCCCCCGACGCCUCCGUCUUUGGCCGGCGGCGGGUUCCGGAGCCCUUCCUCCGGCGGCGGCGGCGGCAGCCCUCUGCCAGCCUCCCCGCAAGGCUACGGGAGCCCCCGCCACACGCCACCCUACGGCCACCGCUCGCGGCCCUACGGCAGCCCCGCCAGCUUCCAGCAAGGCGGCGCGUACAGCGGUGGCUGGUCCCCUGGGGGAGCCGCCCACCCGUCGCGGCCCUACAAGCAACCCCACUCGGGCGGCUACCAGAGAUACGGCCAGGGAUCACCCAGGACAUCUACUCCGUUUGGUACACCUCGUGGCAGAGAAAAAAGAGUGUCUAAUGAUGUGGAAAGCUAUUACAAACCUUCAAUGCUUGAGGACCCCUGGGCUGGCCUAGUGCCAGUGUCUGUUACAGAUGUUAAUCAGCAAUUUGACAGGGAGAAAACAACAUACUCUGGCAAAAAGGGGAGGUAUUUCAGCUAACAUUUCUAGAAGUGAAAUAACACCAGCUGUGAGAAACUGGGACAAAAUCUUCACACUUGAUGACAACUAAUCAGGGACAUAGGCAAUGCUUUUAUUUGAACUGCCCAUUCUUUUAUCUUACCAAUUUUUACUGCAUUGUAUAUUUUUAUGAGUGUGAAGAAAGCAGUAAAGAGAUCUUGUAAUCCUCCGGGCCGUGUGGAAGGGGCCUUCCAGCUGUGAAGAACAAAAUAUUCUUUAGUCACCAGCAAAUUCAUUUGUGACUGUUUCUAAUAUUUACCUCUUCUGUGCCAGAUUGUACGAUAUGUUUAUUAUUGUUAACUUCUUUAGGAAGUGGUAUCUUUUCAUGUUUCAACAUUUUUAGAACAAAG